AACUUAACUUUGAAAAUGAAGAUGUCCAACUUGCUUCCCCUCUUCUCAGCAAGAAAUUCCAUCUUUGAUGCAGGUUUUUUACUUUCUUUAUUGUUGAUGGACAUCCAAGAUUAUGCAGGGUUAUCUGAAACCCUACAGAUGCUUCCACCUCCACCUGGAAGUUUUUUAGAUCGAGAAGAACUUAUCCAACAUGUUGGGGAGUUUGCCAUAUCCCAGGGAUAUGUUGUAACUAUCAAGCAAUCUAAGAAGGACAGAGUGGUAAUCCUUGGCUGUGACAGAGGAGGUGUUUAUCGUAAUAGACGAAAACCUAUUGAUGAGGCAUCUGGUGAACAUUCUCGCAAAAGAAAAACAGGUUCUCGGCUUACAAAUUGUCCAUUUGAAUGUGUGGGUAAAAAGGAUGAUGGCUUGUGGGUGCUCACCAUUAAAAAUGGUGAGCACAACCAUGAACCAUUGAAGGACAUUUCAGAGCAUCCUUCUGCUCGUCGCUUCACAGAGACAGAAGUGCUUUUAAUUAAAGAGAUGACAGAAGCUGGUUUAAAACCACGCCAAAUUCUAAAGAGGUUGAGACAAAGCAAUCCAGAGCUUUUAUCUACGCCAAAGCAUGUUUACAAUGUCAAGGCUAAGCUCCGACAUGGAAACCUUGCAGUGAAGAGAUUCAAGACAUUGAGACCUCAAGCAUCUGUUGUGGGAAACAUACAUCUCCCGUCAACUAGUGAGCCAUCUUGGAGGCAGCGCUACCCUCCGCAGAGGGUUCCCAAUCUCAUUGGCGGUAGAUUUGUUGAUUCGCAAUCAUUGGCAUCCAUUGACAUAAUAAAUCCUGCAACGCAACAAGUUGUCUCUCAAGUUCCUUUAACCUCAGCUGAAGAAUUCAGAGCUGCAGUAUUUGCUGCAAAAAGGGCUUUUCCAUCAUGGCGAAACACACCAGCUACCACCCGUCAACGUAUCAUGUUCAAGCUCCAAGACCUUAUCCGGAGAGACAUUGACAAGCUUGCGUUGAAUAUUACUACUGAGCAGGGUAAAACAUUGAAGGAUGCAUACAGUGAAGUUUUACGUGGGCUAGAGGUUGUGGAGCAUGCUUGUGGAACGGCAAGUCUGCAAAUGGGGGAGUUUGCCUCAAAUGUACCGAAUGGAAUUGACACUUACAGCAUUAGAGAGCCACUUGGUGUUUGUGCUGGGAUUUGUCCUUUCAACUUCCCAGCAAUGAUUCCAUUAUGGAUGUUUCCCAUUGCAGUUACAUGUGGCAAUACAUUUAUUCUAAAGCCACAAGAUAUUGUGCUAGAAUCCUUGAUUACUCUUUUCACCCCGUUCUCCCCUUCCCCUCUUUCACUGACGUGCUUUGUAAUUAUAAAGGUGGUGAUAAGUAAUAUUUUAUGGAUUGAUGCUCAUUAUUGUGGGAUCUAUGCUACUUAUAAUCUGUUUUUGAAUGUUUUAGGUGUUGGUUGA